AUGGUGGACAGCUGUUGUCCUGGAAACGCCAAUGCCAUUCCAGCUGUGCCCACCAUCUCCAUAUGCUCAAAUGGUGGCAGCUUCAGAAAUGGUAUCUGUUUGCCUAGUUCCUGUCACAGCAGAAUGUGGCAACGGGUUACAUGCCAAGAAAACUGUCAGUCAUGCUGCAGUGCCCCAAGUGGCUGUGAACCUGCUUCUUGCCAACCUACCUGCCUUCCAGUAACUUCUUGUGUGUGUUUUGCUUGCCAACCCAUUUGCUCCUGCAUGGCCUGCUAUGAAUCUGGCACUGGUCAGUCUCCUUGUCUGGUUAGCUCAUGCCAGCCCUCCUGCUCGGAAUCCAGCGGUGGUCAGGCAAAGUGCUGUGAAGCCAGCUCCUGCCAACAAAGCUCCUGCCAGCAACCUGUCUACGCAUCUGGAUCGUGCCAGGUAGCUUGUGGCCAAUCAGCCUGCUGUGACGCUAGGUCCUGCCAGCCAUCCUGCUCUGAGGUAACUUCCUGUCCUGAAACAUCUUGCCCACCGACUGUCUGUGCGGCUCGUCUGUGCCAGCCAACUUGCUGCCAAGCAGGUUCAUGUCAAGCCAUUAGUGGUGAAGAUCAGCCCUGCAAGUCAACUUAUUACCAACCGAUCCGCUACAUUUUCAAGCGUUGCCGAUCAGUUCCCUGCCAGCUGUCUCCUUGUGUGUUCAGUUCCUGCAAUCCUACUUGCUGUGUGUCCUUCCCUUGCCAGACACUUCACUACAAACCAGUUCCUUCCAUAUCCUUCAUCUGCCAGCCAGGGGCUAACGGCCAGCCCCCUUGUUCGGUAAUGGACCCUUACAAACUAGCUUCCUGUGACACCAUGCUUUCUGGCCAACCAAAUUGUGGAACUUCUUCCUUCAAUCAGAGUGGCUGCAAAUCCCCUUGCUGCCAACCAGCUUGCUGUGUGACAGGCUUUGGCAAAUCAUCCAGUGGUGGCUCCAAUGAACCUGUACCCUCUGACACCACGGUCAGCUCCUGUUGCAGCUCUGUCUGCUCUGACCAGAGCUGUGGCCAACGUCUCUGCCAGGAGACCUGCUGCCACGCCAGCUGCUGCUAGAUCACUUGCUGCAGGACCACCUGCUGCCGUCCCAGCUGCUGUGUGUCCAGCUGCUGCAGGCCUACCUGCUGCGUCUCUAGCUGCUGCAGGCCCCACUGUUGCCAGUCUUGGUGCUGCCAGCCCACCUGCUGCCGCCCCAGAUGCUGCAUUUCUAGUUGCUGCCGCCCCAGCUGCUGCUUGCGCCCAAUCUGUGGCCGGGUCUCCUGCUACGUCACUUGCUAUCGCCCCACCUGUGUCACCUCCACCUGCCCCCGCCCCGUGUGCUGUGCCUCCCCUUGCUGUUGA